AUGCUGCAGAGGUGUCGCACUUUCAUGUUCGAUUUGGAUGGCACAUUAUGGACCCCGUCUGGAGUAAUACCGGGAGCAAUCGAAUUAGUUAGCUACUUGAAAGAGUCCGGAAGACAGUGCCUCUUAAUCACGAACAACAGCUCAAAAUCAAUCGAUCAAAAUUAUGAAAAGUGUCGCAAGUUGGGCUUGCCCGUCGACAAGUCAGAUAUCAUAUGCACAGCGGCUGUUGCAGCCUAUUAUUUAUCGAAAAAAGGUAUUCGCGGGCCCGUUUACGUGCUUGGACGAGAGGGGCUUGCCAGCGAAUUCGACAAACUCGGGAUUUCUUAUUUUGGUAUUGGAGAGGAAUCUACUACUGUAUUUGACUUUGAUCCGACUGCUUUGGACAAUCGAACACAAGCUGUGUUGUCGGGAUACGAUCCUUAUUUUAACUACACGAAGUUGAUGAAAGCGGCCACUCUUAUUGGUAGAGGAUGUCCAUUUUACGCUACCAACGAGGAUUCCCGCUUGCCAGCAUCUGGUUACGUGUUGCCCGGUACCGGCUCCUUGGUCGCUGCCGUCCGCGUUGCAUCCGGCAAAGAGCCGGUAGUUUUGGGGAAGCCCCACAAACCCAUUUUCGACUAUAUUGUUGAAACUCGAAAUAUAAAUCCUGAGCAGACUAUUAUGGUUGGCGACAGACUUGACACGGAUAUCGCCUUCGGUAAUAAUUUCGGUCUAUACACGGCCGCCGUGAUGACUGGAGUGACAGAUGACGGACUGCUGGCCAAAACCCGCCGCACCCCAGGUCAAGCAAAUUGUGUGCCCGACAUCGUUUACCCCUCUGUAAUGGAUAUGUACAAGCAACUCGUGGAUCUUGACAAAAACCUUUACUAA